AUGGGUUCGAAGAGAGGCAAGGAGACGGUGCAACUGAUCGCCGCGACUGCUGCCAAGAGCGCCGCCAGGGUAGCUACGCGGCAGGCCUUGAAGUCCGUGCAGCAGCAGUUGGCAAUGGUGCCGCAGCAGCAGGCCGCGAAGACGCACAAAAGUGGCAAGGGGUCAGAGCGCGGCCGAUUNACGCACAAAAGUGGCAAGGGGUCAGAGCGCGGCCCACGUAUGAGAUGCGCCAUCCUCGCCACUGGCGCAUUCGUGAAGUCGAACAGGUGGACGAAGGACAACGGGGAGCUCGUCCCCUAUACCCCAACCACCACCAACUGCCACGCCAAGAAGGCCGUUUACGAGUUGAUGCGCUAUGUGGGCAGCGUGGCCAUUUCGGACAAAGAUGUCCAAAGUGAGCGAACAUGGUAGUCCUGGGAGCAACAUUUUUUUUCCUUGUGCGUUCAAACAUGUCACGAGCCCGGCAGCCGAUGUCAGGUGUACCCGGUCAACUGCAAGACCCUGCGCGUUCGUAUGCUGACUCGUCUGCAUUUCAUAGAGCCACAAAGUGUUGAGGACGUUGCGCUAGAGUGCCAUCAUUGAUUUGCAACGCGAGGUGAGCACCCGCGG